AAGAAAAAUAGCGCGCGGUUCAUCAUCACUAGCAUCAACUAUGAUGGGAGCAAGCUUUCUCUGUGCAGACAAGUUUCGAAGUCCACCAGUGAAAGUGUUAUCCAGUCAGUUGCGUGAUGGGAAAGAGUGCCACACACCCAGCGGGAGGUCAGAGUAUGUUAUUAAACGACUGGGAGCGGGCGAGCAGAGCUCGUUACAGGUGUCAACGGUCUGGAUGCAGGGGACAGUGGUGAAGGUGCAGUCGGACCAAAACACGGUGCUCAUUCUGGACGAGACCGGAAACUUUCUCGUCAGCGGCAUCAACAGCGUGCCGAGAGGAAAACCCUGCCUGAGUCCUGGUAAAUACGUCAUGGUUAUGGGCGUCAUCCAGUCUCACAAUCCAGAGCCAGUCUUGCGUGCUGUGAAGAUGGCAGAUCUUUCUGAAAACGCAUUGAUUCACAGGAAAAACUGGAUCUAUGAAGUAGAAGAUCUCCAGCAGAUUUUGCCCUAAAUCUUUUGUUUCACUAAUGUAUUUUCUUUGUUUGGCUCUGUGCUCUCGCAGUAUUUGCUAAGCAAACUAAGCUAAAAAAAUAUACGUUACAAGACGCUUUAAGUGAGAAAGCAAAGACAUUUCUUUAUUUAUUUAUUUAUUUAUAUACAAGUCACAUGUGAUAUUUUUCUACAUGUCAGUUCGAUUAAUGAUGCACUGUAAUUGUGCAGAAAUCACAUUACCUGUUACGGAGAUUUCUUUGCAAUUGUAACAGUCAUACAAUUGUAAAAAAGAUACAAUUAAAUCAGUUUACAAAGAAAAGACUAGUAUGUUAAAGUGUGCGUAUAUAAGUUUGAAUACAUGUCAGUGUUGGCGGCCCUGAUACUGAAACGCCUCAUGCUAAAGAACUGAUUCACUGUCUGUAACCAAUUUUCCUUUAUAAAUGCACAGUAGGUGUGUAUCACGACCGCUUCAGAGUCUCCUGUGGGAUCCUAAAACACUGCUGCAGUUCGGACAGUAGUGCGUCACAUCCUUCAGGCUGUCUACACAGAAGGGAAUCAGGCAGCAGCCGUAGAUACAUC